GUAUUUUUAAGUUCCUUCUGUUGUUUCUUUCAUUUUGGUCAAGUUGAGUCUAUCACAUGAUAUGACGAUAAUCUAAAGCAAUUGCCAUGGGCAUGAAACUGAGAGAUCGAAAACAACGUAACCCAGAAAAGGACGGACGGUGGAUCGUAGGCUUGACUAUAGUUGCUUGAUAGUCGUCGAUGUUUCUGAGCAAAUGAAGGGAAAGGAAAGCAGGGGACGCGGCUUCGUUGGGUUGGCCAAUUGAAACCCCUCUUAUCCCUUUUAUAUUAUAUGUGAUUGUGUCAUCGGCUACCACAGCCAGGGCAGACCAGCAAUCAAUUUCAAUUGCUAUGGUUUAGGGCAUAGAUAAAUUCCAGACAUGGCAUAUAGAAGGGGCUUCGACCAGCAGCAACCGCAGAGGCGGAUUCUGCGGACUCAGACUGCCGGAAGUUUUGGAGAGCCUAUGUUGGAUAGUGAUGUUGUGCCUUCUUCUCUGGUUGAUAUUGCUCCUAUUCUCCGUGUUGCAAAUGAAGUCGAAUCUAGGAAUGCAAGAGUUGCCUAUCUCUGUCGCUUCUAUGCAUUUGAGAAAGCUCACAGACUAGAUCCCACAUCUAGUGGCCGUGGUGUUCGCCAGCUUAAAACCGCACUUCUUCAACGUCUAGAGAGGGAAAAUGAAACAACAUUGGCAGGACGAGCAAAGAGUGAUGCUCGUGAAAUGCAGAGUUUUUAUCGAGAUUACUACAAAAAAUACAUUCAAGCUUUGAACAGUACUGCUGAUAAACCUGAUCGUGCACAACUGACAAAGGCAUACAAAACUGCUGCUGUUUUGUUUGAGGUUUUGAAGGCUGUCAAUCAGACAGAGGCUGUUGAAGUCGCUGAGGAGAUUUUGGAAGCCCACACUAAGGUUGAAGAAAAACAACAGAUAUAUCCACCUUACAAUAUUCUUCCUCUUGAUCCUGAUAGUCGAAAUCAGGCAAUCAUGAGAUGUCCGGAGAUUCGUGCUACUGUUUCUGCACUCCGAAACACCAGAGGUUUACCCUGGUCGAAGGACUACGAAAAGAAAGAAGAUGAAGACAUUCUUGAUUGGCUUCAAGCUAUGUUUGGUUUUCAGAAGGAUAAUGUUGCUUGUCAAAGGGAGCGCUUGAUUCUUUUGAUCGCUAGUGUUCACAUAUGGCAAUUACCAAAAUCUGAUCAGCAGCCCAAGUUGGAUGAUCGUGCUUUAACAGUAGUGAUGAAGAAACUUUUCAAAAAUUACAAAAAAUGGUGCAAGUACUUGGGUCGCAAAAGCAGCCUUUGGUUGCCAACUAUUCAGCAGGAAGUACAGCAGCGGAAAUUACUAUACAUGGGUUUAUAUCUUCUUAUAUGGGGAGAGGCUGCCAACUUGAGAUUCAUGCCGGAAUGCCUUUGCUACAUUUAUCAUCAUAUGGCAUUUGAAUUAUAUGGAAUGCUAACUGGGAGUGUUAGUCCAAUUACGGGUGAGCACAUAAAGCCAGCCUAUGGUGGUGAAGAGGGGGCCUUUUCGGGGAAAGUAGUAACUCCAAUAUAUAAUACUAUACCAAAGGAGGCUGAAAGGAGCAAAAGAGGAAAAUCAAAGCAUUCUCAAUGGAGAAAUUAUGAUGACUUGAAUGAAUACUUUUGGUCAGUUGAUUGUUUUAAGCUAGGCUGGCCUAUGCGUGCUGAUGCUGAUUUCUUUUACCAGCCUAGUAAAGAGCUUGAAGUUGACAAAGAGAAGACUUCGACGGGGAGACCUCGACGGCAGGAGUGGAGAGUUCGAGGGCUGGGGAGGAGAUGGAAAAGACUUUUGAGGAACAAGCUAACACAGCCAGUUUUAUGGUGGUUGCAGUGGAGAAGGCAGCGGCAGGUGUGACGGGGAAGCGCCGGCUAGAGAGGAGGAGGAAGGGUCGAAGUCCAAGCGCAUGCGCCAUGCACUUUCACUCGCCCUUGGAAGGCUGCAAGGGGAGAAUUUAGGACUGAUCGACUUGGUCUCUAGAACGGCUUUUGAAAGACCUGUGCAUGUUGGGCAAGAAGAAGACUCCAUGCAAGCCUCGAGGUAGUUUGUAACAAAAUGAAGAAGAAUGGUGCUGGGACCUCUGACAUGGCAACAACCACUCAUGCUAACCCUUCUACCUCGAUCUAUUGGGAAGGGUAAAGGUAAAUUUAGCUGGUUCAGGUUAACAAGUCAGAUCUUAAUUAGACGUUGUGGCAGGCUAUUUGAGGGAAUUGGCAAGCAAUCGUACAACAUUUGUGUUCUUAGGCGAAAGCUUAGUUGUUCUUCAGAUCGUGUCUGUUCUUAAUUUGUUAGCAUUUUUUGUUGUAGUUAGGAGUGAAAUAAGUGAACAAGUAUUGUUAGAAUGAAUGUUAAUUGCUAGGGAUCUAUUCCCGGUUA